GGAGCGGGGGGUGCCCGGCGUGGCGAAACCGCACGGGGCGCCGAUGCCUCCUGCCAGGGGAGCACACAAGUGACCGGCAUCUCUUCCCAUGUCUGUCUCCUGAAGCGACCCCCCCCACCCCCCGCCCGGCAUGGAUGUGGCCAACAAUACUACCUCCCUAGCGCGCUCCCCCGAGGGGACAAGCGGCCCUGGGCUCGCCGAGAUGACCCUGGGCUACCAGGUGCUCACCUCCCUGCUCCUGGGCACGCUUAUCCUGUGCGCCGUGAGUGGCAACGCCUGCGUGAUCGCAGCCAUCGCCCUGGAGCGCUCCCUGCAAACCGUGGCCAACUAUUUGAUCGGUUCGCUGGCCGUCACCGACCUCAUGGUGUCCGUGCUGGUGCUGCCCAUGGCGGCCCUCUACCAGGUGCUGAACAAGUGGACGCUGGGGCAGGUCACCUGCGACAUCUUCAUCUCGCUGGACGUGCUUUGCUGCACCUCUUCUAUCCUGCACCUGUGCGCCAUCGCUUUGGACAGGUACUGGGCCAUCACGGACCCCAUUGACUAUGUUAACAAGCGAACUCCCCGGCGGGCGGCCGUGCUCAUCAGCCUGACCUGGCUUAUCGGCUUCUUGAUAUCCAUCCCGCCCAUGCUGGGCUGGAGGACGCCGGAGGACCGCUCAGACCCCGACGCCUGCACCAUCAGCAAGGACCACGGGUACACCAUCUACUCCACCUUCGGCGCCUUCUACAUUCCGCUUCUUCUCAUGCUGGUGCUCUACGGUCGCAUCUUUAAGGCGGCACGCUUUAGGAUUCGCAAGACAGUAAAGAAAGCAGAGAAGAAAAAAAUCGCCGACACCUGCCUCACUCUCUCUCCGGCCACCGUGAAGAAAGGCAACGGGGAGCCCAGCAAGGGCUGGCGGCGGACUGCAGAGCCCAAGGCCGGCAAUUGUGUCAACGGCGCGGUGCGGCAGGGCCAGGAUGGGACCGCCCUGGAGAUCAUUGAGGUACAGCACUGCAACAGUUCCUCCAAGACUCACCUGCCGCUGCCCAGCGAGGCGUGCGGCUCCCCACCUCUGCCCUCUUUCGAGAGGCGCAACGAGAAGAACACGGAAGCCAAACGGAGAAUGGCUCUGUCCCGGGAGAGGAAGACUGUCAAGACCCUGGGCAUCAUUAUGGGCACCUUUAUCCUCUGCUGGCUGCCGUUCUUCAUCGUGGCCCUGGUCCUGCCCUUUUGUGACAGUAAGUGCUACAUGCCCGAGUGGCUGGGGGCAGUCAUCAACUGGCUGGGCUACUCCAACUCCCUUCUCAACCCCAUUAUCUAUGCCUAUUUCAACAAAGACUUCCAAAGUGCUUUUAAGAAAAUUAUCAAGUGCAAAUUUUGCCAGCAGUGAAGCCCACCGCUCCGGAACGGAGCAAUGGGGUCCUGUUACUUCCUCCACCCCGCUGCCCUGAGCCGCAGCGUGCCCCCGCCCAGCCCCUGCACACCCUUCCGAAGGGCGGGGGACUCUGGCAUCCCCGCUCCGCGCAGUACGCCCGAGUCACUCGCUUUACUCCCGCCGGACAAGCCUUGCGGGUCACGGCAGGGCUCCGCUGGGAACGACGGGGGACGCCCGGCCCGGGAGGGCUCCGCGGCCGCCCUCGUCUCUCCCAGCCUCCGCUGCCGAGCGCCGGCGCUCCCGCCUCCCUCCCACUCUCCAUCGUUCUGGGUAGACUUAGGGUUUGCAGGUCGUUGCUUGUGGUGGCUGUAAACCAGAGCGUCUGCCCGAGUAGCAUCGGUAAAACAAAACCACCCUAUGCAGGAAACCGCCGUGUCGGGGAUUAUUCUUGGAUUUACGAGGCGACGGCAGUGGACUGGUCGACUUCGGUCUGGGGGUGUGAGUAUGGAGGCUGAAGGCGACUCCUUGAGCAGAGGAAGGAGCUUUGAGCACGUUGCUUCCCUGUUUGGGAAACCCUCAAGUAGAUGUUCUUGGGGGAAAACCGCCCACGUUUGGUAAUCUUGCAAAGUAACUCCUUGCCUGCGUUACGUGUUGCCUGACAGCCCUCCUGGUACGCUAGGACCUGCCAGUUCAUCGGGGUUCCCUUUGUUACAACACAGGGAAAUUAUAGAACUUUAAACCCGAACCGCACGCCUCAUUAUAUAUGGAGAUUUAUGGGGAUUAUUUUUUAAAAAUGCUUUGCACCGAGUGUUUCCCAGCAAGGAAAGGCUUGGCGCCAUGCGUCCGUGCGUCUGUCCCUGAGUACACCGCGCACGUAACGCACAGGGAGUUUCAGCAGCCUGCGAAGUAGCGUUUCUUUAUUUUUUUACCCUCUCUCUCUUUUUUUUUUUUUUUUUUUUUUUUCUUUCCUUCCUUAGACGCUUGAAAGUUUCUCCUGAGACAUUGCAGUUGCUUUAAAGUCAGUCAGCUGCGGCACAUUUUGCUCGGGAGGAAAAAAAAAAUAAAAGAGAAAGAAAGAUAAACAACAAAACGAUCCAAACCUAUCAACCAAAACAUUGCCAUGUGCUCCGUGGCAGUAGGGGAGGGGCCGAGAGCAUCAGCAAGCGGCAGUCGCAGGUGGGGAAAACAGCAUCUCGCCGCAGAGAAAGGAUAGGCUCUUUCCUCCUCCGGGCGAGCCCCGGCGGCGGUAAGCACGACCUUCCAGUCUGACAAGGUCUGAGAGCCACGGCCAGAAGCAGGCUGAGGGUUCUGUCCUGAGACUUCUCCUUGCUGACCUGGCUGGUCCCCAGGGCGGAUCUGCAAGCCUCUGCCGCUGGCGCAGCUGCUUGGCCCCGGGAAACCCGGUGUACUUCUCCUUCCCCGCCUGCCUGGGGUUGGGGCAGGACAGCGUUGCCCGCCGCAAAGCCCCUCCUGCCCCCCUCCCCUCCACUGCCCAUGCCUUUCCCUCCGGCUGCGGCCGGGAGCUGGAAUCGCUUUCGGCCCGGGGAGGAGGGGAAAGGCGCCGGGCCGAAUACUGGCACCGGGCCGGCUGCCGUUUACCCCUGCGACGGGUUGCCUGAAAUGAAUGCUUGACCAAAUAUAUAUUUUUUUCCUGUUUAUUUUUGUGUAGUCUCUAUUGCUUGUAAGUAAAAGGGAAUGUGAAAUACGUGUGUCACGUGAAUGUAAGUGUCCAGUAAUUUCUGAACUUCCACCGCUUACAUUAAACGAAAAUAGUGCUUUUGACAA